AUAAGAGGAAAGGAAGGGGCAUCACCACAAUGAAUGACAUAUUCUCAAGGACAGCUGAUAUGCCUAAAAUAAAUCUCAAUCAAUAUGGUCAGCCUGUAGCAGAUGAUUGUAGGAAGUUUGCUAGUGCGAUUGGCUGUCUAGUGAGAAAGAAAUUACCAGUUGGAUUUAACGAUUGGAGGGCUGUUCCCCUUGGAAAGAAGCUUGAAGUUUGGGAUAACUUGCAGGCAUUCUAUGAUGUGGAUGCUGCUGCCAAGAAUUGGUUUAUGGAUACAGCUGCAAAGAAGUGGAAGGACUACAAGGCAGACUUAAAAGACAAGUAUUUUGAUGAAAUAUUAACAGAUGAACAAAUGAAGGAAAGACUUAAAAAUAUAUUAAAUGAUGAAGACUUGAAUGAUCUUAUUAUGUUUUGGAGGUCUCCUGAAUAUCAAGUAAGCUAA